AUGGUGAUCAGCAUUGGCCUUGUUGUCAUGUUUCUGUGUUCUCAUGCUGCUAUUGCUCUGUCAGAUGAAAGCAUCAUCACUGCCCAAAGUCCGGCUUCGAGCAUGUCUGAUGAAAGCAGCAUUGUGUCCGAAAGUCCGGCUUCGAGCAUGGAUUCGUAUAUUGUGUACACUGAAAGCUGGAAAAAACCUCCACAAUUCGCUAGUUUAAAGCUUUGGUAUCAACACAUGCUUGAUUCCUUGCCUACAAGAUCAGCUAAUCUGAAGCCACGUUUGGUUUAUGUCUACAAGUAUGCAAUUACUGGGUUCAGUGCUUAUUUAACAUCAGAACAAGCAAAUGCAUUAUCUAAACUCCCUGGCGUUUUGGCUGUUGUGAAGGAUCAGAAUCAUGUCUUACAUCACUAA